AUGGGAAGGGCACCGUGUAAUGACAAAGUGGGGUUGAAGAAAGGAAAUGAUAUCUUGACCAAGUACAUUCAAACCAAUGGUGAAGGUUCUUGGAGGACUUUGCCCGACAAUGCCGGUUUGUCAAGGUGCGGAAAGAGCUGCAGACUCAGGUGGAUGAAUUAUCUGAGAGCAAACUUGAAGAGAGGGAACAUCACGCCUGCUGAGGACGAAACCAUUGUUAAGUUGCAUAAUGCUCUGGGAAAUAGAUGGUCUUUGAUAGCUGGACAGUUACCGGGACGAACAGAUAAUGAGAUAAAGAACUACUGGAACACUCACUUAAGCAGAAAGCUAUACAGGUUCACCAGGACCAAAAAUGAAUCCCUGUCCACCAUUCUCAAUCUUGCUGCUGCAUGCAAGCCAAGAGGGGGAAGAUCAUUUCCAACUACAAGACCACAUACGAAAAAGCUCAAGAACACAGCCUCAAAUACAGUUGGAAUAUCACUAGCAAAGCCUGCUCAGAGUGGUACCACAAGUACUAGGGUGCUUGAAUAUCCAACCACCAAAGCAAAAGCACAUCUACCUGGUACCAUUUUGGAACAAGUUGAAAAGAACCCAACAAUUGGUCCUUGCCUGGACAACACAGCAAGGAUAUUAAGCCAAUGUGAUGGCAGUAAAAGUGCAGAGUUAAGCCCUAAUAUCGAGAGUGAUGACAGUGCAGUUGUGUUGCGUCCCUUCCAGACCCAGAACGGAGAAAAUGAGGCCUUGGAGCCGUAUGAAUGGCUAGAUGGUGAAAUAAUGCGGCUUACACAUAUUCUGGAAAGUGCGCAGAUCCAAGUGGGGAACGUAGCCCCUGAGCAGCCAAGAGAAAAGGGAGUGAAUGCAGCCUUGGGAACAGAGCAAGAGUGCUUCACAAGUGAGGAAAUUAAGGAGAGUAGUACUGUUCUGAUUAACUCAAAUGCUGGUGGUGGGGAGUGCCAUGCUUGCUCUUCCUCUAUUAAUAAUGCAGGCUCUGAUGAUGAAUGGUUGGGUUGGAAUUGGGUAGAUGGUGUUGGAUGUCAUAACCAAUGGGCUGUAUGUGAUGAAGGAGACAUGAUGUUGACUUGUUUAUGGGAGGCUGAUAAAGGUCAAGCUAAAUAG